AUGGCUACACCAUCUGCCUCUCCCGAUACCUCAGCAACAGCUUCUGCGCCUAAGAAAUACAAUCUCCGCAAUCCGCUCCCCCUCUCGGCCUCCCAGGAACAAGAAGUCAAGCAGCUGUACCACAAGCGCGUACGAGCUCGCUGCGCACCGGAAAUCAAAGCCUUCGCAGAAUGUGCGGUUAACCGUACCGUCACUGCCACAUGGGUUUGCAGGCAGCAGCGCCUCGCCAUGAACUCGUGUAUGAUCGAGCACGCCAACAACCGGGAGGAAGAAGACCGCGCUCGUGAGGAGUGGUUUGCCACAUUUGAGGAGCGACGCCGUGCGAAGGAGCAAGAGCUUGUGCGCGUGGAGAAGCGCCGUGAGGAGGUCAUCACCAUGAUGCGGCAGGACGAGGAGCGGAGACGGCAGCAGGCCCAGGGAAGGUGA